AUUAAGGAAGCAUUGAGUUUGUUGUUUCGAGAUAGUGGCUCUUUCGUCAAAAUAGUUUAUCAACUUCCCAGCCUGACUUUUCCCAUAUUUCUCAAAUCUCCUAAGUAUUCGGUCACAUGUCUUCUACUGCGGUGCAACAACCCUUGAGCACAGACUCAGGGAUCCCAUCUACCGAGCCCACUCAUGAUGUCUCUGGUACAACAACUAUCAAGAGAAAGAAGCUUGUUAAGAAAGUGGCACAACCAAAUAAGCUCAAGUUUCUCAUCUGGCAAGCAGGGCACGCUUCGACCCUUGUCUUUGGAACCAUCUCCCUUUUGUUCCAGGUUCUCUGGUUACCCAACAAGUACUAUAUCAACAGUAUAAGUUACCGUUUGGCACUUGCAGGUUCAAUUGCAGCCUUGACAGCUACUUUCAGUCACAAGUUUGGAUUGCAUUACUUGCCUUCUACUUCUACUUUGAUUUCUUACCAGAACUUUCAAUACCUCAUCUUGGCUGUAGUAUGGCUCUUCACGUUUAAGUCGAUUUUCAAGAUUAUUCCUUUCUUCUUGAUUUCGUUGUUGCAUCUCGCCAAACAAAAGAAUAUUGAACCGGUGUUGAAGGAAUCUGGAUUAUUGGCUUCUAUUAUCGCCUACGACGAGUUGGUGUUAAUUGUAUACUUGUUGUUGAGAACACUCUUGUUCAGAAGAUCUGCCGGAUUCCAAUUGACUCUCUUUUUGUUGUUCUACUGGUUGAGAAUCUUGUACAACAAAGAAACACAAAAUUUGUUUUCGGCUGUUAUUGAGAGAUUGGACGGUAAACUCUCGCAGGUCAAGAACCCAAAGGUGCAACACUACUGGCAGAAAACCAAGGCAUUCUUGGAACAAAAGAGAGCUCAUGAUUAGACUAUGAAGUAGUCUUGUAUCAGCUUUGUUUAAUUGAAGACACUCAUGAAUUUGUCUACAAUCUACAAAUUGUCUCUUUCAGCUCAUCAAAACAUUCUGUUUUUAUCUUGUAUUAUUGCUCCUGGCGAAAGCUGGGUUACUAUAUCACUAUUUUAUAUACUGGUCAAAGUCAUUAUUUUAUAUU